CCUAAGGAAAUGUGUGGGAUCACGCUCGGUGUUUCCAAGUCGCCUGGGCAUUAUUGACAAACUAAUACCUUUGUGUGACGUUAGUUUGUGGUGCAAACCGAUUGUCCGACACAAUCACGGGUGUGGUGACCGACAAGUAAGGGGGGGAACAGGGGAAGCGACCGUCGUUAGGUCAAAAUGUCGAUUCAGUACGAGGUGGAACAGCUGGCUGACAGCUACGGGGUUGCAGACUCGUUCCCCAAAGAUUUCGAUUAUGGUGAAGAGGAGGCCGACAUCGAGGGCAGCCCGGCGCCGUCCGACAGCAAACCGAGGAUCCUACUCAUGGGGUUGAGAAGAAGUGGCAAAUCCUCGAUACAGAAGGUGGUGUUUCACAAAAUGUCUCCCAAUGAGACCUUGUUCCUGGAGAGCACCAACAAGAUCUACAAGGACGACAUCUCCAGCAGCUCCUUUGUCAACUUCCAGAUUUGGGACUUCCCGGGUCAGGUGGACUUCUUCGACCCCACCUUCGACUACGAGAUGAUCUUCAGAGGAACCGGGGCUUUGAUAUUUGUCAUUGAUGCUCAGGAUGAUUACGUGGAGGCCCUUGGCCGGCUUCACCUCACCGUGUCGCGAGCCUACCGAGUUAAUCCAGAGAUCAACUUCGAAGUGUUUAUCCACAAAGUGGACGGCCUGUCAGACGAUCACAAGAUCGAGACCCAGAGAGACAUCCAUCAGAGAGCCAAUGACGAUCUGGCAGACGCCAGCUUAGAAAAGCUGCAUCUCAGCUUUUACUUGACGAGUAUUUAUGACCACUCCAUCUUUGAGGCCUUCAGCAAAGUGGUGCAGAAGCUCAUCCCUCAGCUUCCCACUCUGGAGAACCUCCUAAAUAUCUUCAUUUCUAAUUCAGGGAUAGAGAAGGCCUUUCUGUUCGACGUGGUCAGUAAGAUCUACAUCGCCACAGACAGCUCUCCUGUCGACAUGCAGUCCUACGAACUGUGCUGUGAUAUGAUCGACGUGGUCAUUGACGUCUCCUGCAUCUACGGUCUGAGGGAGGACGGCAGCGGCAGUGCCUACGACAAGGAGUCCAUGGCCAUCAUCAAGCUCAACAACACCACUGUGCUCUACCUGAAAGAGGUCACUAAGUUCCUGGCCCUUGUCUGCAUCCUGCGAGAAGAAAGCUUCGAGCGCAAAGGAUUAAUAGACUACAACUUCCACUGUUUCCGGAAGGCCAUCCAUGAAGUAUUUGAGGUGGGCGUUUCCACCCAGCGUCCAAUGGGCUCUCAGGCGGUGGGCUCGCCCUGCACCAAGGUCGUCGCACUGAACGGCACGCCGCGCAACACUGUCUAGACUCUGAUGCAAAAUGAAAAAAUAAAAAGACGCAAAAAGGGGGUAGAGGAGAGGAAAGAUGGGGGAGCCUGUAGAAGGAGAGACUACUAAACUGUGGCUCACCAGCGCGCAAAUCACAAUCCCUUGCUCCCAGCACCUAAAGUACUGAGAGACGGCUUGAGCCAAGAGUGUGUGAGACAGCACUGGAGCACAGCGGGGUCAGGCUUCUCAAGCUAAGAUGGAAGGGAAAUUCAGGCAUUCGUCUCAGGCGAAUGCAAGGCACCGUGUUGGCUGUGAGGAAGUCAAGAGAGCAAAACUGCACCUGGACAGGAAAAGGCUCAGGAUCUUUCUCUGGAUUUCCUAUAGCGGUCAGAGGCUGUGAUAAUUAGCUGCUGGUCCCUCUAAAUGAACAAUGUGAGGAGGAGAAACAAACCCUUGUUGUGACCUCUUGCUAUGGACAAACUGUGAUGUCAGUUUUCAGGAAUCUGUCUUGUGAUGAACCCACCCCGACUACUUCUGUGCUGAUUAAAAAAAAAAAAAUGGUGGACGUGAACUGCUAGUCCUAACCCACACACGUUCAGAGAUGGCCUUAUGUAGAUAAAGCUUGUCUGCAGUGCAAGCUUUCUCUCACCACUGCUCACCUCACCCUACCUGAAUGCUGCCCAAAACUCGCUUUUUGGUUUCACUUGUGAACGGAAACAAGGUUUUGUUAGCAGACUGAAAAGGGAUUGUGCUGUCCAUCUAAGGUGUUCUUGUGAGUGUAUGCAGGUAUAUAUGUAUGUAUGUGUGUGUGUGUGUGUGUGUGUGUGUGUGUGUGUGUGUGUGUGAGUGUGUGAGUGUGUGAGUGUGUGAGUGAGUGAGUGAGUGAGUGAGUGUGUGUGUGUGUGUGUGUGUGUGUGUGUGUGUGUGUGUGUGUGUGUGUGUGUGAGUGUGAGUGUGAGUGUGUGUGUGUGUCAAUGGAAGGUUUUGAUUAGAUUCCAGACGGGGCUCUUUGUCUGUACUGUAGAAGGACCUUUUACAGAAAGCGUAUAUGUCCUUCUUCUGAAUAACAGCAGCUUAGCAUAAUAAACUCUUUUCAAUCAGUGAAAUUAACUUUUCUGUCUGUGCUCCACUGAAAAUCAAACUUUUGAUUGACUUUAUGGUGGGUUGUAAAAUGGGUUUGGCUGGGAAUUUGGAAAUGGUCUUUGGAAAAGCACUGCCACAACAAUUAAAUGAUUUAGAAACAACAAAACUGAUGAAAAUAUGUCAUUAUGUAAACACUAUUUUUUGGCAUUUAAGAAAGAAAUGUAUUAGGUCUGGUUGAGUUGCAGGACUGAUGGAGGGGCUAACACUCCAUAAUGGCUGUCCAGGACAUUAUGGGUGAUGAUGAUAUGAACUGGUUAAAAUUUGCAUGUUUUUCCACCUACAGUUUAAGUCCUGCCCGAAAUUAUUAACCCAUGUUUGUAUGCAGUUUGGCUCACUUAAGCAGGAUUCACAAGGAGAAAAUAGACCCAUUCCAAGCAUGCAUACAUCAGUGUGUUGUCAAUCUGUAUUGUUCUCAACCAUAACACUGCUCAUUGUAUUCAGAGGUGAGAAAAUUAAACUGAGAAAAUUAAACAGACAAAGGAGGAGAAAAAAAGACCAAAUUUCGUUACUUUUGCCAUUACAAUGACACAUAAGAUGUUCAUGCCUGCAUUUUCUGUUUGUUUAUAUGAGUUGUGACAUGUGGGAACUCUGGCUGCAUCUAAAGACCUGGAACCGGACUCAAGAAGCAGGAUUAGCAUGUCAUCUUGGUAACUUUGCUGAGUAACACGUUAAGUGUUCCAGAUUUGAAGGUGUUAACUCUGCAAAGUUAUUCAGGUAACUCGAUGAACUUGCUUCUUGAAAAUGGCCUAAGAUCUUCUCAACCUAGUCAUUAUCACUUGAAAAUAAACACUUGCACAUCAGAACUGUGAUGGACGAUUGAUUUGGUGUAUUGUGAUGCUAUACUAUGUGAAAUAAAAGAAAAUUUACAUUU